GCUGGAUUUAUGGAAGCCACGAAUUAAUUUUUUCCCCUUUUAAUUCGAUAAACAAUUUAUCGCCCGCUUUUUUCCCGUACCAAAACCGAAAUCGAUGGCUUGUCUAAGUCUUUGCGUUCCGGAGGGUGAAAUUGACGAGUUGCUUGAACAUGUUCCUUUAUCAACGAGGCGGAAAUUAUUACUUUCUCCCACCGUUUCGUUCGAGAACCAAGCCGAAACCUCCAAAUUCCUGGGCCCACUUUCCCUCCCUCCUUGCUCUGCCCGAGAUCAGGUGGAUCAACAAUUGCCAAACGAUAGUCCUAAUUGCAAAGUUACUACUGGUGCUUUUGAAGUUGCAACUAUUGAAGAUCCGGUUGGUUCUUCUACAGUUUCUCAAGGUUCUCCGCAGGUCUCUUCUUUCAAUGAUGUAGGUUUGCCAAUAAAUGGCAACAGUCAAGGACAUCAAUUGAACAAGAUGACAGCUUCCUGCCAAGAUAUAUAUUUGCCUAUAAUUGGAAACAGCCAAGGAAGUGAAUCUGACCAGUUGAAAGGUAGUGAAGCUGAUGCUUCCGAACUGGAGGAGAUCAAUGUCUGUGUGCGUGCCCCUUUAAAUCUUGUGCCUUCAGAUGUUUCUCCUAUUGAAAAAGUUAACUGUGCUGAUAACAUGCCGUUGAGUUUGUCAAAAGGUGAUACAAAUAAUUCUGUCAGUAUUGGUGAUAUAGCUGUGAAUAAGAUGGAUAAAAAGCUCAGUGACUGUACAUUUGGUGAACUUGACCAUAUUGUAUUGAAAGAAAGAAGAAAAUUGCUUCUAAAAAGGAAAUUUAUGGAAUUGGAAAGGCCACCUGUAGAGGGUACUCCUGUGGGGUUGACGGAAGAUACUAUAGAUUACUCUACCAGGAGAAUUAAACAAGAGCUUCAGCCUAUUGAUGGCGAAUGUUUAACAUCUCAAAAUCAAUUUAAUGACAAUCCUAUAAGAAAUGCUGCUUAUCUUUCAAGUUAUUCAGCAAAUGGUUCAUCUAGUUUGGAAUGCUAUGAAUGGAGGAACAAAAAAAAGCUUCAACAUGUUGAUGGUAAACACUGGUCAGGGACCGAAUCUGAUAAAUCAGGAAAUCAAAUGGGAGAAAGCAACAUAAUACGUACCUCUGAGAGAACAUCAAUAGAAUUCAAAUUGCGUGAUGGAGAUGAUUUUGUAUCUGCAACUACAAAUAAUCUGUGCAAUUCAACUUUGGAUACUUCUGUCAAAGUGAAAGAUGAACCAUUGCAUUAUAAUAACUUGCAAAAUCCUGAAAGGAGCACUUUCAAUAACAUGGUAUCAGUGAAGUGUGAAGAGGACAUCUCUGAUGGAAUGGAUCAUAUGCUUCUACGGGAUCGGAUGAAGUUGCCGUCAUUAUUUGAGGAUUUUAAAUUGAAUUCUUCCGCGAAAAGUGAGCCUGCUGCCUUUGGAGAUAGCCCUUUUGUUUUCGAACUUGCCAAACCUACAACGUUAAUCCAUCGAAGGAGUAGAAAGAAAACGGCCACGGAUUCGGUUGCAACAGCAUUAGAAGAAGAUGCACCUGGACUUCUCAAGGUUUUGCUUGAUAAAGGUGUGUCGGUUAAUGAAAUUAAGCUUUAUGGGGAGUCUGAGAAUGGUGAUCCCAUAGAUGAAUCAUUCAGCGAAGAUAGCUUCUCAGAGCUUGAAGAUAUAAUGACUAAGCUAUUCGCUCAGCGAAGCCAACUUUUUAAGUUUACCUCUAUACGAUGCCCAAAGGGUCCAAGACCUAGUUAUUGCUUGACUUGCCUAUUCUCACUUGUGGAGCAGACCCGUUAUCUGCAGUUUCGUAAAUGGCCAGUUGAAUGGGGAUGGUGCCGAGAUCUUCAAUCUUUUAUAUUUGUCUUUAAAAGGCACCAUAGAAUUGUACUUGAACGUCCAGAAUAUGGUUUUGCAACAUACUUUUUUGAGCUGUUAGAUUCCUUGCCCGUUGGCUGGCAGGUCAUGAGAUUGGUGACUGCCAUGAAGCUUACUAGCUGUGGCAGGAUAACGCUGAUUGAGAACAAACCUUUGUCGAUUGGAGAAGACUUGAGUGAAGGUGAGGCAAAGGUGUUAAUGCAGUAUGGUUGGGUUCCGAAUACCGGCUUGGGAACAAUGCUCAAGUACUGUGACAGAGUUGUCCAUGAUCGAAAAAACGAGGGUGACAUGUCGGAAUGGAGAUCGAAAAUAGGAAAGCUGCUGGUAGAUGCGUAUAACAGUGGAACUAUAGUCUCAAGCAGUCCCGUAGAGGAUGUCAAUGAAGAGGAUGGUGUGAAUAGAGAGAUUAAACAGGAGCUUUGAUUAGAGGUUUGACCCUAGAACAAAGAGAACUUUUUAAAGCUUUUAUUCAAUCAUGGAAUGAGCUUAAACCCCAGUUUUAUGUCCUCUCGGAAUAGGACAUGUGUAAUUGAUAAUUUCUUUCUUGGAUUCAUCAAGGAAGGAAUUUGUGAAUCCUUAGGUUUUCUUGCCUAUGCUCUGCCUUCAAAUUUUAACUCUCUUUUUGUAAAGUUCAGGUGCAAGUUAUUAGGUCUAGGCAGAGACACUCAUACAAACACAUUUGGUUUAGUAUGUAAUGUACGAAUAGAAACAUUAAUCUUCCUGUUUAUACUUCUCUUUUAAAUAAUUUGCAGAUUGACUUG